AUGACACGCAUCCAAACGCCUCACCUGAGCACCCUUCGACAGAUCGACAAGAGUGACAGUAUUAUGCAAAACAAUCCUGUGUGAAGAGCGUAUCCACGCGCUCAAGGGACACUCAUGCUCUUCGAACUUGCAAUGCUGGGUCGGGGACAGCACACGCGGCAGUGAAGGACAUUGGCGGUUUCCGCGCAAAUUUUUCGGCCUAUGCGCCACACGAGACAGAGCCGAGGAGGCCUGAUGGGCUCAGAAUGUGCACAGCUAGGCUGGAGAGGAUAGGGGAGUUGAUAGGCAGGAAGUCGCGACCGCAUCACAUCACCUUUCACCGGAGACUUGGACCCCUCGACUCCAACAGCUUGCCAUCCGCGCCGAGCCCUUUUUACGACUGGGACUUCGAGCAGGGCGGGAACAGCAGCAGACCGGAACGUUGGCGAGAGGAAAAGACAGAAUGUAUGCAGGCGGACUCUUAA